GGGAAACCAUGGAAUCCGCUUACUCAGCUCAGCUGUUGAAAUUUGAACGGAUUUAUUUCGAUUCAUCACGAUAUAUAUAACCUCACUUCUCCUAAGAUCUCUUUUCCGCAUCAAUCAAUCUUGUGUCGAGGCGGGAAGCUCCCAAGUCGUUCUUUUAUUUCAAAAAUGUCGUCCGCUGCUGUGUCCCCCAUCUCAUCCUCCCAGGUCACCUCUCAAACGGCCAAUUCUUCCAUAAAGCCAUCCUACUCCGAAACAGAAAAGCCAAAGCCCUGCUGCGUCUGCAAACCCGAAAAGACCGCUCGCGAUGACUGCAUGCUCUUCUCCAAGUCCGACAACCCUGCCGAAUCGGAAUGCAAAUCCCUAAUCGAUCAAUACCGAAGCUGCAUGGCCGGCUACGGGUUCAAGGUGUAACGGGAAACAAAGUCUCGAGAGAUCACGGUUACCGUUACGCGACUAACUUGAAAUUCUGGGUAUGGUUAUCGGCUUGAGUGUGCUCAAAUAUUACAAUGGCGUUCCGGAAGGGAUGUAUAAAUACUGACGCUGGUUUCGCGAAACCGCCAGCUAAGGGCAGGAUAAGGGUCGUUUGGGAUUCAACUGUACAUUAUCUUUAUAAGAGGUCUUCGCAUUGUGUUUGAAGGGUGGAAUAGACCAUCUCUUUUCUUUAUACCAUAUUUUGCCUCCCAUAAUAGUGCCUCUAUGAUAUACACUUACAUCUCCAAUCUUAGAAUAGACAAUGGUUUUUGCCCUUGUAGUACAAGAAGCUCGAGAAUUUGUACAUAAGAAAAGGGGUAUCACAGUGUCGGAUGUCUCCGGAAUAAAUAUAGGAAAGAUACAAACAAGCUGUAGGGCUCAAAUUGCUAUUGCUUCUUCUUCGUGUUCGAAAUCCGAGGAUGUGUUGAUUCGAUGGCUUGGGCGGUGAAUCGAGCUCCCUGGACCAACUUUACUGUACACCAAAGGUAGAUUAAUCCAAACCCAGACGUCCCUAUCAGGGCAUUGAGGACAACCCAGAGGUCCGGCUUCGUCGGCGGAGGAGGAACGAAUGCGUCAAAGACAUGCCAAACAAUCAUCGAUAAAUAGCACCCGAGGUGUAACAGUUUGGUGAAAAUGUGCAGGUCCCGAGACCCUUCACGGUUUCUAUACAGAUCAAACGAUGUUGGUGGGAGUCCAAGAAGAUAUGCCCAGAGCAAUGUGACAACAAAGUACGGCACACGAAGCUCUUCCCGCUUUAGCAAGGGAAAUAAUGUCCAUGCUCCAAGAGUGUUGCUAAAACCAACCCAGGCUCUUGAUUCUUUGCUCAGUCCACCAUCACCGCAAAGGAGUAACGUCAUCGGCAGCAAAGGCAGGAGCACACUUUUUUCAUGUACCUGAAAUGAACAGAGGAAGAAACCCCACGCACUGUUUGCCAGAGCAAACAAAAGAAGUUCCGGCCGCGGAUACCGUCCGAUAGUAAUGCAAGGGAU